CGGGUGGCAGCAGUCCCGCCCGGGGCGAGGUGGCAGGAGCUCGGCGCUGCCCGGAGCCCGGGGAUCGCUGCAGCUCCUGGCACUGGGGCCACCAUGGCUGAGCAGGACCCAGGCACGGGCUGCCCACAUGGGAAGAAGGAGCUGCCAGCCUUCACGUGGCAGGUGAGGGCCAACGACCGACGGUACCACGCACAGUCCAAGAAGAAAUUUGCCUUCUGCCUGAGCAGGAAGAAGUACAGGGGCAAUGCCAUCAGAACAGCCAAGUACAACCUGCUCACCUUCCUGCCCCUGAACCUCUACGAGCAGUUCCACAGGAUGGCCAACGUCUACUUUGUCUUUGUCAUCCUCCUGCAGACCUUCCCCGAGAUCUCCACGGUGCCCUGGUACACUCUGCUGUUCCCCCUGAGCUGCCUCCUCGUCAUCCGGGGCCUGCGGGACCUGAUCGAUGACAUCGGCCGUCACCAAAGCGACAGGAGCAUCAACAGCAGGCCCUGUGAAAUCCUCUGUGGGAAGAGCUUCAAGCAGCAGAAGUGGCGCCACAUCCGCGUCGGGGACAUCGUCCGGCUGCGCAAGGACAGCGUCGUCCCGGCUGACGUGCUCCUGCUGUGCAGCUCCGAGCCCAGCAGCCUGUGCUACGUGGAGACGGCGGACAUCGACGGGGAAACAAACCUGAAGUUCAGGCAAGCCCUUCUGGUCACCCACCAGGAGCUGGGGAGCGAGGAGAGCAUGGCUGCCUUUGAUGGGAGGGUGACCUGUGAGGAGCCCAACAGCCGCAUGCACAGCUUCACGGGCACCCUGGAGUGGAGGGGACAGACCCACUCCCUGGACAGCGAGAGGAUCCUGCUGAGGGGCUGCAGGAUCCGCAACACCGACGUCUGCUACGGGCUGGUGAUCUACGCUGGAUUUGAUUCCAAAAUCAUGAGGAACUGCGGGAAGAUCAAGCGGAAGAAAACCAAGCUGGACCACAUGAUGGACCGGCUGGUGGUGCUGAUCUUCCUGCUGCUGUUGGUCACAUCCCUCGGCCUCGCCGUUGCCUCUGGGUUCUGGGCCCAGACGUUCCAGGAGAAGCACAGCUACCUGGCUGCUGUCUACAGGAACACCAGCCCUGCCCAGCAGGCCUUCCUCACCUUCUGGGGCUUCACCAUCCUCCUGAGCGUCAUCAUUCCCAUGUCCAUGUACAUCACGCUGGAAUUCAUCUACCUGGUGAACAGCUUCUUUAUCAACUGGGACCUGGAGAUGUACUAUGCUGUGAAGGACAUCCCAGCCAAGGCCAGGAGCACCAGCCUCAACGACCAGCUCGGCCAGAUCGAGUACAUCUUCUCAGACAAGACUGGCACCCUGACACAGAACAUCAUGACCUUCAAGAAGUGCUGUGUCAACGGCACCAUCUACGGUCCAGGCACAGGCCAUGAGAACAAACAGCCACCAGGGUCGGCCUGGGACCACCACGGGGAGCAGAAGGUGGAUGUGAUGCUGUUGGAGGCCGCCCAGAGGGACAGUGACCCCGUGCUGAGGGAGUUCCUGAGGCUGCUGGCCCUGUGCCACACGGUCAUGGUGGAGGAGAGGGGCGGUGGGUUGACGUGCUCGGAGUGGGGUCGAGCUGCCCCUCGGGGCACCGGGGCUGGGGUGGCUCUUUGCAGAGCCCAGCAGAGCUCAGCUGUGGGGAGCAGGAGGGGUGAGAGCCUGGGGGUGGCUCGUGCCACUGUCCCUUUGUCAUGGACAUGUGCCUUUGGAUGGGUUCUAAAGCUCACCAGGGGGAAGAGAAGCACAGGGGGACAAUCCGUCCCUGUCUGGACAUUUGUCCUGUCUGGGGCAAUGAGUGGAAGAGAUCAUGGAAUCCCAGACUGGUUUGGGUUGGGAGGGACAUUAAAGCCCAUCCAGUGCCACCCCCUGCCAUGGCCAGGGACACCUCCCACUAGCCCAGGUUGCUCCAAGCCCCCUCCAACCUGGCCUUGGACACUCCCAGGGAUGGGGCAGCCACAGCUGCUCUGGGCAACCUGUGCCAGGGCUCCCCACCCUCACAGCCAACAAUUCCUUCCCAAUAUCCCAUCUCACCCUGCCCUCUGGCACUGGGAAGCCAUUCCCUCUGUCCUGUCCCUCCAGGCCCUUGUCCAAAGUCCUUCUCCAGAAGAGACAAGUGGGAUUGAAUUUCCCUGGCCUGUUAUCUUGGACUCUGGGAUUUCCCCCACUCACGUUGGUGCUGGACAAGAAGCCCAGGCACUGUCUGCCCGAGAGUCUCCA